AUGAGCCAAGAAGACCAAGAUGUUGUUAUACUCCAAAAAGAAAGCUGGGAUCAUCUCAAGAGUUACAUAAAGCAGUGUUUUCGAAGUUUGACGAGAUCCUCAGUUGUUGAAGAAUACCGAAAAUUAUUCGCGGUUAAUAUUCUUUGGGGAGAGAGAUUAGUUGUUUCUUCCGUUUUGCAAAAACAAUCAGCAGGAGAUUCUAGUGAGAUACUGGCAGCAUUAACAAGCUUGCUUAAUGCACAUAUACCGCAACUUGGUGAGCUUUUAAUCGAAGAAACUACAUCUAGAUUUCUCAAUGCGUUUAAAACACAUAAUUCCAAAGGGUGCUAUGCCAUGGCUGCCUUGAUAGCAGAACUCUUCAACUAUGAGGUUCUUCACGAAAUACUAAUUCUUCAGAUCCUUCACCUUUUGAUGGAAGGUGUUAACGUGGACUCUGCGUGCCUUGCAAUGUUUGUGCUAAGCAAAUGCGGGCGACAACUGAUGCUCGUGGCGAAAACAGCACACGAUCUUGCGUUCGAAAGCUUGAGAAAGUUUUUCCAAGAGAACAAAGUUGAGAGGGCUGUUUACAGACGUUUUGAGGAUUUGUUUGACCUCCGUAAAAGAAACUAUCCUCAGCUUUCAAAAAGAAUACAUUUGCCUGACCACGAAACUGUAACCCACACUUUUCUACUAGAUCUAGAGAGUAGUACUCCGUCAUCAGACGAAAGCUUGGAAGAAUUCAGAUAUGACCGAAAUUUUAUGGAAAAAGAAUCUGAAAUAGAGACACUAAGGUCAAAGCUUUUUGCCUUGGAAGGAACAGAUGCUACUCCCGAUGAACAAAGACCUGCUGAAGACAAAACGCAAAGCCGAGAAUUAGAAAUGAAAAAGAAAAUCUAUCUUACUUUGAAAGGCUCCUUGUCUGGAGAUGAGGCGGCUCACAAAAUUCUGAAGUACAAGUUUCCUGAUUCCGAGAAGAAAGCAGUUGUUGAUAUAUUGGUCACUGCUUGUUCGCAAGAAACGACUUAUUCCAAAUUUUAUGGCAUUGUCGCUGAAAGGCUGUGUUCAAGUCAUAAAAGUUGGAAAGCGGCGUUCGGGCAAUCUUUUCAUGAUAACUACUCAGCUGUUGAUGAAUUCCAAGCCAACCAGGUACGAAACAUGGGGAAAUUUUGGGGGCAUAUCUUAGCGUCUGACUAUCUUGGUUUCGAAGUUUUUGAAUCAGUUCACAUGAAUGCAAAUGAGACAAGCUCGGCGGGAAGAGUUUACCUCAAAUUUCUGUUUCAAGAACUCGUUUUGGACUUAAGCAUCGACACCCUGCAGGCGCGUUUAGACGAACCGUAUAUUCAGCCUUUCUUGGUCAACCUUUUUCCAAAAGACGAUGCAGAGAAAAGUAGGUUUUCAAUCAAUUAUUUUACGGCUAUAGGUCUUGGUCGGUUGACAGAAGGCAUGCGACAAGCGCUUGCAGAUAUGGAGAAAAAAGUGGUAGCUUUACAAGACACAGAGGCAGAGUCAGGAUCCUCUUUGUUUAGCAGACGGGGAUCUUCAUCGAGCCCAAAAACCAAAGCAUAUAUCCAAGGUGAACGGGCCAGCAGCGAGACUGAUAAUUCACAUUCGUUAGAACGUAGUUAUAGAAGACCCCAGGAUGAAGAGUUCUCGCAAACCCGAUAUUCAGAGAGUCUCACACGUUCAAGAACAUCGGUUCGGAGAAGAUCGAGGACCCCUACGAGGCGGAGAUCGAGGACCCCUACGAGGCGGAGAUCGAGGACCCCUGCGAGGCGAAGAUCUCGAUCACCCAACACUCGUUUCGGGCCAUAA